AUGAACAACUUCGGCGUCAUAGAGGUAGCCAGCACCAGGACGACCCACGCCCCAGGCUGGGCGUACGUGACCGACGCGGCCGGCCCCUCCAACCCGUCCAAGUCCGUCAGCGCCGUCCACCUCCACGUCAACCGCAACAAGCGCGCCGCGCGCCAGGGCGCCACCGGGUCCUUCAGCGCCGCCCACCACAGCGACGUCUCGGCGCGCCACGACGCGAGGCUGCAGAAGGAGAUUGAGCAGCUGCAGCGCGACAGCCUCGGCGCCGGGGGAGCGGCGCAGAUCCCUAUCCCUGGCGGCGGCGGGCGUGAUCGGGACGGCAAGAUACGGGGACACACGCCGAAUGUGCGUAGGAUUUUGGCGAGCCAGAAGACGUUUGCGAAUCAUCUUGACGAUUUUGAGGCGUGGAAGCGCAGCGGGCACACCAGCGCCUGCUCCUGCGGCUGGGGAAGGUCGACCAACAACAGCCGGAAGCCCUCGGUGCCAACCCCAGCGCCAGACCCAGAUGUCACCAUGACCGAUGCACCACCACCGCUACCAACGCAGUCAGAAGACAACGCCCAGCCCGAUGCUGCUGCUGCUGCCGCCGCCGCCGCCAUUCCCACACCUGCCGAGCCCGAGUCCAAGAUCCUCACCCCCUUCACCCGCUUCACGCCGGCUGCGCACCCUGGCGACUCCGACCCGCUGCUGGAGUCAUGGCUGCCGCCCUUGCCGACGGACGACGAGCUGCGGGAGCUGAUGAGGGCGCCGCCGCUCAGCUACAACCAGGCGCGGGGCACGUGGGGGGAGGACGACACACAGUACCCGACGCGGCACUUUUGUGAGGUGUGCGGGUACUGGGGCCGGGUGAGGUGUAUGAAGUGCGGCACGAGGGUGUGUGCCUUGGAUUGUCUUGAUCUCCAUCGGGAGGAAUGCAUCACGCGCUAUGGACUGUGA